AUGCCAGCUCAUAAUGCUAGCAAAGCUACAUCCAUAUUCCUUCUACUCGAGGCACAUGUCUGCAGCCAACUUCCAGUUUCUACCUCCCCGAUCUAUUUUGCUUCUGUAGGCUUCUGCCAGCACCACAAUUUAUCAAGGAAAGGAAGGAAUUUUUCACAUGGAGCUGCUGCCCUUGUCGCUAAGCAAGAACUAGAUCAUAGCCAAAAAGGAAGAUUGGUCCGAUUCGUCAUGCCUCCAGAGAAGAUAGAGAUCAAGCCAAAAAACAUCGAUGCUGCAGCAGGAGAGAUACUUGGUGUUUUGGAGGACACAAGCAAAGGAAAUCUGAUCUACUUCAAGGGCUGGGAGGGAUUUGGAGCAUCGGCUAUUCUCAAUCUGGUAGCUCAACGCCUGAAAUCAUCAACAAGACAGAACAAGUUUGAUAUAGUUAUCCAUGUGGAUUGCUCGGUAUGGAAAAGCAUGAGAGCCCUGCAAAAGGCAAUCGCGGAGGAGUUGGAGCUUCCGCAUUCAGUAAUGGCCAUCUUUGAUCGGUGUGAGGAGGACGACGACUUCAGUGGGAUAGACCAAGGCUCCAGAGGGGUGAUAGAAGAUAUCAGAAGGGAAAUCUUCAGAAAACUUGUUAACAGUAUAUUUGUGGUAGUUUUUCACAACGGGACCAGAAGGUACAUUGAUUUGUAUGAUUGCGGUGUCCCAAUAACAAAAUUUUUGAGUAACAUGAUGUUGUGGACCUGGCACGGGAGGUUUCGGGUCGAUCUCGAUCGAAUACUAGAAGAUGGGGAACAGGGAAAGAUGAAGAGUCAGACAGAUGUUCUCUUAUAUGCUUCUCCGCAACUUGAAGAUGAGGAAAUACGAGAUCUACUGCGUGAAGAGGCUUUGGAGGUCGCCAGGUGUGCGGGCAUUGUUAAGCCCGAUGAUAUAAGCCACAAGAUAGUCAUGGAGUGCCUCAUAUACAUGACAAAAAUUGCUACGGACUUGAAGACACAUGCACCAAACUAUUGGAUCUGUGAUGGUAUUAUACAGGGCCAAGACAAUGCAUCAGCAUGGGAUAUUGGCAAUUCUCUGCACAGAAACAUGUGCUUGGAUGUUGAGCUAACAUAUAAUGAGGAAACAGCUCCCAUGCUACAGGUGUCGGGUGAUUUACUUGUUAACCGCUAGAAUUUCAC